AAAGCAUGCCCUGUUGUCAUGGGAACUGUCUGCGGGAGCAUGAAGGCAGAGUCUGCGGGUCACUGGCAACAUUAGGUUUGUAUAUUAAUAUUCGCUUUAAUAUCUCGCCUUUUUUAUUGGAUAUGCGCUUUUUGGACAGUUUGUGUAAUCGCUGCCACAGAUGGCACACAGGGUUGACUCAGAAGUGCUUGGUAGUUAUUUUUGUGCAUGCGUAUGUGCUAAAUAUGUCGAUGCUUUUUGCGCAUGGGUAUGUCAGUCCAGUUUAAGAUGCCUGCUUGACCCAGUUUACAUCCUCCGACAGUAGCUGCACACACAGGAGUAGGUGCAGCAUGUCAGACUAUUUAUAGCAAAGCUGCUAUAAAUAGCAGACAUUUAAAAAAUAAAAUUAAACAAGAAAAAUAUCAAACAUUUAAAAACAAUACAAAACAUUUAAUUAGAUUAUUAAACCUUUAAAAAGACAAAACAUUCAUUAAAAAAUCAAGUUGCUAAAUGCUACUUGGGUCUACAGGUGAAAAAGUGGAAAUGUACAUAGACUUUUUUUUUUUUAAGAAAAACUACUUUUAAUGGAAUAAUGCUCAAACUAAAUUGAGUUAAGGGAAUUAAUAUUUCCUCUACAAUCAACUCAACUUUCUGAAAUGUUCAAAUGAGUCUAUCUAUCUAUCUAUCUAUCUAUCUAUCUAUCUAUCUAUCUAUCUAUCUAUCUAUCUAUCUAUCUAUCUAUCUAUCUUAAAUUUAACUAAUGCAGAUUUACGUUGAGAUUGUACAUAAUAUCACACUAAUAGAAAUACCAAUAUUAUGUCAGCCCAAGUUAGUGAAAAAAUGUUUAUCUCAAUUAGAUUUUUAAAAAUCUUGUAACCAUGCAUUCAAUUAAUUGUUGUGUAUAUAUAUUUGAAUUGCUUUUAGAGUGCAGUAAAUCUGUGUAAUUGUACACUUCAUAAUGUGUUGUAAAAUCAGUGUAGUUUAACAUAUUUCUAUCUGCUUUCUCCUCAACAAUGUGCGCUGAUCAGCUGAAGAGAGAAUUGUCAAAAAAAAAAACAUUAGCAACACAUCAGCAUGUUGCAAUCCACACUUGCUCCAGUGGAGGGGAGGUUACGUCGCCGUGUGCCAAGCCUGCCAGCUAUCAAGCCAGACAGGCUGAAAACCGCUAAAGCACUGGUGGAAAAAGCAGUGAAGUUGAGGAAAGUGUUUUCAGUGCAGGGACCCUAUCCUGUGAUCCGCGCUGCCUUAUGGGCCAGAGGGUGGGUGGAACGUCGGUUUCCUCAUCCGGUCCAGAGAGCCUCUCAUUGCCAUGGUGAUGACGAAGAAGAUGGUGAUGAUGGGGAUGGAGGUGCUGAUCUUAGUGACAGAGUGGGUGAAGGCGGGAAAGAGGAGAACCUUAAUGACAUGUAUGACCUCAUGUCUCGCAUGGUUCGAAACGAAACAGCGUAUUUCUACUGGACAACUCGGCGGGACUACAUAGACUGCCGCUCGUUACGAAAUGACCAAAUGACCAACCACUAUGCAAAUGCUGCUACAUUCACCACUAAGGUAGGGCUUUGUGUAAAUCUGCGUAACCUCCAGUGGUUUGAUACAGCAGAUCCUGACACCUUCUUCCCAAGAUGCUACAGGCUUGGGGCAGAGGAUGAAAAGCAUGCAUUCAUAGAGGAUUUCAGAAGGACAGCAUGUACCAGCCUGCUGCAGUAUGUGGUAGAGACAAGUACAUGGAGAAGAGACAAACCAAAGAGCGAAGAACAAAAUGUCAAGAACAGUGUCUCUAAAAAGCCGAAUGUGGAACAUCGUUUUGUUGGUCCAGAUAUUAUUGACACAGCUCUGCAUGUGUGUCAAGAGUUUCUCAGUGCUUUAAAGCACAGCGACAUUGACGUGACUGCAGAAACACCCCCCUUGGGAGAGGAACAGCAGUGGGUGCAGUUUCUGCAAGACUACUACAUGGUUGUGCAUAAAGGUGCACUGAUCAGAGGCAGCAGUGUGUUUGUGGAGCGCUGUCAGGACAUGUUAGCCAGACUGCAAGAGGCUUGCCCUCAGCUGGACACAGAUGGACUAAAUAACAUCUGGAUCAUUAAACCAGGUGCCAAGUCAAGAGGAAGAGGCAUCAUGUGUAUGAAUCGUCUGGAGGACAUUCUGGCACUUGCGGACACUGACAGAGCACUGAUGAACGAGAGUAAGUGGGUGGUUCAGAAAUACUUGGAACGUCCAAUGCUGGUCCAUGGAACCAAGUUUGACCUCCGUCAGUGGUUCCUUGUUACUGACUGGAACCCUCUGACUGUGUGGUUCUACAAAGAGUGCUACCUGCGGUUUUCCACUCAGCCCUACUCAACCAAAACUCUCGACAGCUCAGUCCACCUAUGCAACAACUCCAUCCAGAAGCACUUUCAGCCAUCUCAUGACCGCCAUCCAGGAGUGCCUGAGGACAACAUGUGGUCCUGCUCUCAGUUUUGCUCUUACCUGCAGCAACAGGACCGUGGAGCAGAGUGGGAGUCAGUGGUGGUCCCAGGCAUGCAGCAAGCAGUAGUCCAUGCUCUACAGACAGCUCAGGACCUGGUCGAGCCCCGCAAGACAAGCUUUGAGCUGUAUGGAGCUGACUUUAUGUUGGGCAGAGAUCUGAGGCCUUGGCUUCUGGAGAUCAAUGCCAGUCCGACUAUGGCCUGCUCCUCCUCUGUGACCGCUCGGCUCUGCCCUGCUGUACAGCUGGACACACUGAGGGUUGUGUUGGACCGACGGGCUGAUCCAAGUGCUUACACUGGAGGCUUCCAGCUAAUCUACAAACAGGCUGCAGUUGAGGUUCCACAGUAUGUGGGAGUGAACCUGCUGGUGGAAGGAGCCUCCAUGAGGCGAUCCAGACCUUCACUUCAUAGACAGACUGUUACUUCUGACACACCUCUCACUGACCUGUUCCCCUCAAACCAGUCAUCUCCAGAGGAGGUUGAAGCAAAACAUAAACCUUUGGAUCAGAAGCCACACAUGGUCACUGCUUUUUGCCAUUCUGGCAAAGAGAACCAAGAGAAAAAGAGGCAGUUGGCAUCUACAUCUCCAAAGAAGGAGUGUGAGAUGAGAGUCAAAGCUCAGAACAACUCUCAUCUGCGCAGAUCUUGUCGCAGUCUGGCCUGUGAACAGUCUUUGGUAGUUCACACUGAACCUCAGAGGAAAGCGAGACAGUUGGAUUUGAGUCUCUGUGUCAAUGCAACAACCCUGGUGCCAAGGAGUCUUUCCUUUUCCCUCAGCCCUCCUCACAGCAAGUCUGAGGGCAAACCUCAUUUCAGUGCAGGUCAUGGAUCACACAUCUCCAGAUCUUUCCUUCCUCAGACAACUUUUGUGCCCCAACGCAGGACUUCUGCACGAGCCUUUCCUUCAUUCCAGGGUCCUCUUCCUAGCCUGGAAGUCCAUCAUUUACGACCAAACAUUGUGACCGGAACUAGUGUUUGCCAUGAUUCAGCCUUUUCAGCUCAUCCCAGCAUCCGCAAGCAUCAGUUAUUUCUCCACUCUCAAAGACAAAGCAAGGCCAGACAUAAAGGAGAGCACAUGGGGGGAUAUAAAUACUAGAGGCAUAAGGUGUUAAGAAGAUGGAAAGCAGCCAGAAAGGUUAAAGAAGCUUUGUCAACGCAAUUUACAUUUUAAUGAGUUGGAGCCUAAUAAAGAACUUAUCUUCUCCUAAUAA